CACUCUCAAAUCUGUCCGCUCCUAUCUUCAAUCUAAAAUCAGCACUGACAGUGACAGUUUCUAUUUGUACAGGAAGAGUUUCCUUUGAUUGGCUCAUUUUCCUAUUCCACGUAGAUGCUGGCUCAGUACUUUCUGUGUGCUAUGCACGUAAGUAACGUUCUAGUCCUCGCUGAUUGACCUGAAUCCAUUCCCACAUUUGCCACGAUCGCUGGAGAGCUACAUGACGGUAGAAACGGCAUCUGCAAACGCCAGCCAUGUCUUCUCAGGAAUCCAAAAACGUGGAAGUUUUUUAUUUGGUUACUAGCUGUAGUCAUCAUUACAAUAGUAGAGAGUUUUUGGAAGAUAAUGACACAGAGCAUCCAAGUAGCUGCCCUGGCGGAAGAGGUGACAAUAACCGAGAAUAACCACCAAGGAACGGAUCAAGAGGAACAAGGUUUGAUGUGCAGAUAUAAGAAGACUAUUUUAAUAAGUGGUACUAUAUCAAUGUUUAUUAUUAUUAUUGUUCUGGUUAGUAUUUUGAGUAUUAGAUCAGCUACACCUUGUCAGUGUCUUUGCCCAGUAGAUUGGGUUAAUUUCCAGAACAAAUGCUAUUAUUUCUCUAAAGAAGAAAGAGACUGGAACUCAAGCAGAUCCAACUGUUCCACUCACCGAGUCGAUCUAACCACGAUUGACACCGAGGAAGAGAUGCGUUUCCUGAGUGGGUAUAAAGGUAGUUAUGAUCACUGGAUUGGGCUGAAGAUGACAGGAGAUCAAAGUGGACAAUGGGUGAAUGGAACCAAAUUUAACAAGUGGUUUGCUGUGAAAGGGAAUGAAGAAUGUGCUUACCUCAAUGAUGAUGGUGCAGCAACAGCUCGAUGCUACACAGAAAGAAGGUGGAUUUGUAGGAAAGAAAUACACUAAUUUAACGCUUCUGGUAAAUGACUUGAUGGCCAUCUGACUGGAGAGAUGAGGAUUGUCAACUAUCACCUGAAACGUGGAAUUGCGAGAAAGGAUUGUCUCCCAGAACAGAGAAGGAUGGCCUGGUGACACACAGACUGUGAACCUCCAACUGCCCAUACAAUGAAACAAUGAAUUCUUUGGAUGUAAACCAUGAUUUGUGAUACUUUCUUAUAGCAGCUCUAGAAAACUAAGCUAUCAUAUUAGUUAAACAUUAACUUAUUUUCAUUUUUGUGUCCCAUUUUUUUCAGAAACAAGCCUGAGCUAGAAUAUCCCUUUCUUGUCUCAGAGCCCUUUUUCAAAUUAAGUAAAACACUAGGGUACUUCAAAAGUUCUUGGAAAGAUGGAAUUAAAAGUGUAAGUUUAUUUUGGCCAAAAAAAAAAAAAAAAUCAGUCCAUGCAUAGUAAGUUAAUUUCAUGAUUUUUUCCACAAAUAUUUUGAAGACCCCUUGAAUGUUCUUCCAGUCUCUCCUCAGUCCGUCUGAUCUGCUCUGUUGCUCCACAAUCUGCACAAAUGCAGGUUUCUACAAAUCAACUCUGUUCUCAUGGCAUCCCCUGAACUUCCUGUAGUUUCAUCUUUUCAUCCUGUGCAACAUUUAAGCUCAAUUAACCUUUCCUGUGUGUUUCUUUCUUCUUUAAAUAUUGUCUCCCAUGAAUUCUGUGAUACCUGUCCCUGAAAGUCCUCCUUGCUGCAACACUUCUCUGCUUUCUGUACCCUUUUCAGUAAGUCAGCAAGUCCCAAUACUGUUGGCAAUCGUCUAAACAAUUCACAUCUCUGUAAUCCCAAACCUUUCACACUGUCCCAUCAUCUUGUGCCUUAACUACUGAAAUAACCACCUGCAUAGCUAGCCACUUCCUCAUGCUCCCUUCCCCACUCUGUGCCCAGGGCAGUGGUUCCAAAACUCAGAACUUAGCAGGUUACUCUACUAAUUGGAGCCUUUACUAGCUCCCAAUUGCUGUGAAAAUGAAAAUUGAAACACAUGUUGUGUGAGAUAUCCUGUAUUUUUCAGCCAUAUUUCAUACUUAGCCUCUCUUUUCCUGACCAAAAUAACACUAUCCUUUGACUUUAACCUUAAAGCAUAAAGUAGUCACUAAAACUAAGAGUUUUUAGUUUUCAUAUAGUGGUACUUUACCUGGGGCCACUUGAGAGGUUUUCUCCUGCUUCCUAAUUCUAUUCACUUCUCAGUUCAUUUGUCCCAUAUAUAAAGAACUAGUACCCAAAACCUAUGAUAAGGGCAUCUCCUCCCUCCCUUUUAUAUUCUCCUAAAUACCACAUAACUUUUCCUCCUGGUGCCUAUCAAAUUGUUAUUCCACCAAUAUUUAUUGGGGAUCUGUUAUGUGUCAGGCAUUGCUUUUAAUAAUAGGGAUCUAUACAGGUAAAAACUCUUGCCAUCAUGGAGCUUAAAUUCUCAGGGGCUAAGGGAGAUAAAACAUAACAUUUUAAGAGAUAUAAAGGAAUGUAAGCUAUUUAGAAAAGAAACAAAGUUUUAUUUUUAUAUGUGUCUG